AUGUGGCCUGGGAACCACGUCCACCUGGCGUACGGUGUGGACGGAACGUGUGUUUAUAGACGCCAGGACGACACGUUUGAUUUCCCCAAACGGCGCGAGCCGCGGUCUCGCCAGUGGCACACAGUUCGUUCCUCGUUCGAGGUUCUUGUUCCUGCACAGCUUGCGCCCGAGCCGGCCGCUCUGCCCGCGCGUCACGUCAAAUCAGCGCUGCAGAACACUGACACCAGUGCCGACUCGUACUUCGUGCCGCGCUCGCUCGUCCGCACGGGCCACCAGGAGUCGCUGGCCGCCCAGGACAGCCACAUCUACGACCCCACGUACGGCGAUCUCCUGGCUGUUUUGCCCUACAGCGCGCCGAAACUCGCCGCCAAGCUGCUCAUCAGUGCGACUGGGCACUACGGAACGCUUGUCGCCGUGAGCGUGCUCGACACUUCGCCAGAGCCCGCCCUAUCGGCCACCAAGGCCCUCGAGUUCAGCUCCAGAGUCAAGCAGGUGUUUGUGCUCCCAAACACACACCUGUUUGGCGUGCGCACCAGCACGGGCAUCUCUGUGUUUGAGGCCCGUCUCGAAAGCCGGUUCCACGUCGGGGUGGCCCGACUCGUGGAGAUCCCAGACAAAUCGCUCGCCGGCCAGGCGUUCGCAGACGUGUGCGUGUGUCCACAGACAGGCUCGUUCCUCGGAGCGGUCGACGUGAAGGGCAACUUUGGACUGUACCGGCUGCUCAAGCGCGACCUCGACCGCGUGUUCAACGACUUCAAGCUGGUGUACUCGUCGUCGAUCUUCGACCCGGCAGAACUGUCCAAUUUCAAGAAGAUCGUGUUUGGCCAGCAGAGCGACACGCUGGUCGUUCUUUCGCGCUCCUCCGCACACAUGUGGACCCCUGCCAGCCAGAAUUGUAAAGUGGUUGCAAACCACUGGACAAGGCUGCUGGACCUAGCUGUUCCUUGCAACCAGACACAAUACUGCGUUCUGCUCACCACAAAAGAGGUUUUGUUGGUGUCGUUGGCCACGUUCGACGUGGUCCUCGGUUGGUCGCACCUGCUCGACCAGACAGACCCGACGUUGAGAUUGUACGUGCGCCAGAACGACGACAGACUCGAAUGUCACGUUGUCUCGCAAACAACGCCCAUGGUGUACGUUAUAGUGUUCCAACUGGACGAAAGACCGCACAUUGCGGGCGACCCAUACUUCUAUGUGUCACACCCCUCGCAGCCGGUUCAGUCGCUAGCAUUCACCGGCCGUGGCGACGACCUGUUCGGUAUCCAGCUCACCAGAGAUCUCGAGCUUUCCCGUGUAAGGAUGCAGCGAGCAAGCGGACCGGUCGAGGUUCCGCAGCCAAGAACAGAGACUGUUACCGAGAAAGCACCCGAGAUCGACGUCUCAUUGCUGGAGAAGACAGCAUCCGACCCUGACCUCGAAAACGUGCUUGGGUCGCGGAUAUCUGCCCUGGUGGCACAGUUCCAGAAUGACAGCUCGUCUGCAACCGAUCUCUCUUCGCUGCUGCCUGUUUCGGGCCCAGCACCAGACAAUCUCUCUGAGCUGGUGCACGACUCGUGGUCCGUCUACGAGUCGUCUGCGCGUGUCUUUUCGGACCAGGGCAAGCUCGAGACAACCACACAACUCUCAGGAACUCUCAUGAACCUGCUCAAGCCCCUGGACUUCACCAGCCGCGGUCUUCUGGGCAUUUUACAAAAACAGGACCCCCAGAUCCAGUCGAUCAACACCAAUCUUGGACUGAGUCUGGUGUCGCUUCACAAAGCAAGCACCGACGACCAGCACAUCCACGAGAUCCGCAAACAGUUGCCGUUGGAGCUGGCUGCUCUGCUCGACCAGUGGAGGCCGCAUGCGCCACUUGCGCGCGGGUCCAUCAGCCACACCCAGCCGGGGAGCCAGGUCCCAACGAUCAGCGUGUCGCAGGCGCGCAAGAAGCCCCGCGCGCGAUCCAGCCGGGCCGGUGUUCCACGUCCGCGUGUGCAGCUGUCGCAGGCCGUGGAGCCAUCGUCGCAGGUUGUUUUUUCCUCGUCACAGGCGUCUGAGCCCUCGUCACAACCUCCUUCUGGAAACCUUUUCAGCUCCCAGCCGUUGUCGCAGGGCACCUCCUCGCAGAAGAAACGAAAGAAACGGAAAAUGGGUGGGUUCAUGUAA